AUGAGGACGGUGCUGGUGCUGCUCGGGGCGGCAUCCGCGGCCGUUGCCCUGCCGUUCACGUUCCCCGGACAGGCGGCGGGUAACGCCCAGGGUUCCGUGACCCUGGGGGAGAGUGUCGGUCCCCAGGGGACCCAGCACCUCUCUCAGACCUCCUCUGUGGCCAAAGGCAAGAGCGUGGGUGGCGCUCCCAAUUUCAGCUCUGCCCAGGCCAGCAGCGGUAAGGGUGCUGACGGAGCCCGGUUCGCCAACACGGCCUCCACCUCCCUGCAGCCGGGAGGUUUCGGCACCUUCCCCGGCUUCGGUCUCGGCUUCGGAGGCUCCCCGUUCGGAGGAGGAUUUGGAGGACUGGGAGGAGGAUUUGGAGGAGUGGGCCAGGCUUCCGGUACCGCUCAGGGUACGGUGUCAGAGGCACAGAGCUUUGGACCGAACGGAGGAUUCACACAGAUCGUCAACACCGGAUCCAGUGCAGGGGGUACGAGCGUGAACGGUGCUCCCAGCAUCAGCAACUCCCACGCCAGUAACGUACAGGGUCCCGGCGGCAUCAGUCAGUCCAACACGGGCGCCUCUUCUGUCCAGCCAGAGUUUGGAGCCGGUCUCUUCGGAUCGCCCUAUGGUGGCUUCAUGAGUGGGUUCAGCAGCCUUCAUUAGUGCAAAUUGUUUUUUGUUUGGGUGGGAAUCGUGUGUACCGUCUAUCGAGCUAUUCUACCGAUGAUCUUGAGAGUUUGUGAAUCACAAAUGCAUAUCACGAGUGGGAGUAUGAGGACAAUGCAUAGGCAAUAGGCAUAUUAUAUAGAUAUGUGAAAUAAUUUCAACCUCCGUGAAGACCGAUGCAUUUUUGAACCAAAACAGUUCCUUAGGUCUUUUUUUUUAAAUGAGUCGUGGGUGAUGUUACCUUUGACGACCAAUACAUGGCGAGAUGGAA